CCCAACCGAAGCGAAAGCCAAGCCCUGCCGCACACAAACCAUCCGCACCCGAAGGUCGACAACUUCAUCCGUCCAUCCCACAAGCUCGCCGUCGCGAUCAAUCCUUCAAGAUGCCGCAACAAGACCUUCCGCACCAAGCAAAAGCUUGCCAAAGCUCAGCGUCAGAACCGCCCCAUCCCCCAGUGGAUUCGUCUGCGCACCGGCAACACCAUCAGAUACAACGCCAAGCGUCGUCACUGGCGUAAGUCUACCCUGAAGGUCUAAGCAGACCCUCAGUAUUCGCAACCCUCCGUCCGGCCAUUCUC